AUGUCCGCGAACGGCAUCAAUGUGCGCCAGAGCCUAGUGGCUGGCGCCGCUGUACGCGGGGCGGAACGCGUCCUUUGCGUCCAUCUCGGCCUCGGUGGCCAACUUCUCGUCCCCCUGUCCGACUCGAUGCGCACGACGGGGGCCGGGCCCGACGCGCCCCGUAGGGAGGACCCCGACGCGCCCUUUGUGCGCGGCGCCGUGAUGGGGAGCACGCUCUGCAUCCGCUUCGUCUGA